UGCAUUAUUUUUGGCCUUGAUAUAAAACCACUGAUCCGGCUCUGCUCGAUACCCUUUGACCUCGUCGUAGAUUAAAGGGUUCCUUUGCUGAGAGUGACCGCUGACAGCUAAGAGUGACCGUCAUCGUUGAUCCAUUGCCCUCAACCUUCACAGAGCAGUAUCACCACAUCACCUACACACACACAAUCACCACAUCUUCAUCUAUUUAUCAAAUUUCAUUUUAUAUAUAAGAUUAUAUUAGGUUGUCUUAGAUUAGUUUACGUUACAUUAGGUGGUUUAGGUUUAGGUCAGUUUUACAAGCAUUUCUCGUUGUUUUUCUCGUUUUUAUCUUCUAUCAGCAGGAUGCCAAGGAAGUCGAGGCGGUCUGUGGUGUUGAAGCAGCGCUGGAGGAAGCUCAACCUGGAGGAGCUGAGGUCUUCCCCCACCCCCCCGGAGACGGUGUCCCCCCCGGCUGGAGAGGAGCCUUCCAGAGGGUCAAGGACCAAGAGGACCAGGGAGACCCACCCCCCCUGCUCCCGAGCUCCAGUCGGCAACGCAGUUGGAUCUUCACCCCCAGCUAAGCCCUUCUGGAGCCCGGAGGAUGUGCAAGUUCGUGCACGCCGCGGUACCGGUUACCGCCAUCCGGUGGAGACGUGGCCAACUUCGAAGCUCACUGGACGGAGCCACAAGUUGGUCAUCCCACCCAAGUCUCCUGGCAAGCAGUUUGUUCUGAUUGUCGGGGACUCCCAUCUCCGGGCCCUCGUGGACCGUUUCGCCAAGAUGCCAGAAGGGAAGUUUUCUUUUGGUAUCAUGUCGACCCCUGGGGCCCAUGCUGCUCAGCUGCGCACUGAGUUCCUACAUGCAGAGGUUCCUCAAUCCCCUGAUGCUGUUUGUGUUCUUGCUCCUAGCAACAACCUGACUACGAGCAGGACCGUCGACGAGGCAGCCGUCGACUACGCCCGAUUCCUCACUGCUGUGAGGAGCCGCUGGUCGAAGGAGCCGCUGGCCGGAGGUCUUUGUGGUGGACUUCCCCCCCCCCGCCUGAAUGUGGAUGAGGAGCACCAGAGGGCCCUUCGCCACGCGUACCAUCACGUGACAGCUCAUAUGGGUUUGAGGUACUUCUCUGCGGAGGAGUACUUCCCCCGUACGCGCUUGGAUCUGUGGAGCAGAGACGGCGUUCACCUGAGCGACCGUGAGGGUAUGGGGAUCCUCACCCAGCUGCUGUGGGCCUCCACGGAGCAGUUCCUCGAGACACCACCACCACCUCCCCCUCCCCUGGUGUCUCCUACCCCUUCACAGCCGCUUAGGAAGGUUUCUCCUAAGCUGGUUGUGAAGGGAGAGGUACGUGCUCCUCUGUCUCCUGACCCCUUCCAGUGGAAGGUCGUUGGUCAGAGCAGCAAGCCACAGGUUCCUGGUCCAGCCAGCAUGGCUCAGCAGCAGGAGAAGGAGUCCUUCCUUCCACUGAACCCACGGUGGUUCAGUAGCACGACCCUUUGUGCUAUGGAGGAAGUGUCUCCUUCUCAGCCUUCUGACGUGGUGGACGUCCCAUCUCUUCCAGCGCGCAAGAAGGUGGCCUCCCCAGCGGCAGCCAGGCGUCAUAGGACCACGGAGAGACACCCCCCCCCGCACCCAAACUUCAGUGACCAACCAGCUGGUUGGAUCCCCUCCAGUCAGGUUGUCCUGUAGUUUGGGUGAUCCGGCGACCCCCUGCUGUUCACUGGUUGCGAAGGUGGCCAGGAUGAAGACCCCUUCACCGGCUGGACCAUCCCAGACCAUUAAAGCUGCCUGUCACUCUCCUCGCCCAGUUAAGACCAUCGGGACACCAGUUCCCUCAUUGUCCUGCUGGCACUGGAUUAUCGAUGACGGACUUGCCACCUCUCAUUCCCCUUCCAAAGAGUGACUGCUCUAACCCUUGCUCUGUGCCACAAGAAAGACUGCAUGAGUGGAUAUGCCACACAUGGAUGAGAUCAUGUGUCAAAAGGGGGAAUGAUGAGUGAGAUACAAAGAUAUUGGUUCACAAAGGGCUUCUCAGCCUUCUCCCAAACUUUUUGCAAAAGGUGUGUGAUCUGUGCCACAAACAAUGCAGGGGGAGGUCUUCGGACGCAACAGGGUGCCCAUCCACCCCCUGAAAGAUCAUUCAAUCAUUUACAAAUGGAUUUCAUUGAACUAACACCUAGUGAGGGAAAGAAAUACUGUCUCGUGGUGGUCGACAUGUUUUCUAAGUGGGUGGAAGCUUUCCCUACAUCCAAACAGGAUGCGGCAGCAGUUGCAAAAGCUUUAAUCACAGAAAUCAUCCCACGUUGGGGAAUUCCAGCUAAAAUAUCCAGUGAUAAUGGCACACCUUUUGUAAAUACAGCCCUGAAAACUGUGGGGGACUACUUAGGUAUUAACCUUAAACAGCACUGCCACCACCCAGCAAGCGGAGGUGCCGUAGAAAGAGAAAAUGGCACCCUGAAAAACAAGCUUGCUAAAUGUUGCGAAGAAACAGGUCUGUCAUGGACCAAAGCCUUGCCAACCGUCCUCAUGCACAUGAGGGCUAGAAUCAGAGCUAAAAACAACCUUAGCCCUUUUGAAAUCUUGUUUGGUCAACCUCUGCACACCGGGAUUGGGCCCGGCACGAGACAGCUCCCAGGGACAGGUCAGUGUGAGGAUGAAAUGUUGCGUUAUUGUGCAAACCUGUCCUCUGUUCUUUCUGAUAUUCACAAACAG